AUGGCGAUGGUGGCUAAAAUCGCACGGAUAGAAGUGACGGUUACCACCAGCGAAACUGAAGCUUUGCUGCUUGAGCAGAGUCUGAUCAAACAGGAUCGACCGCCUUACAAUGUGGUGCUGCGAGACGACAAAUCAUACCCCUACAUCCAUCUGGCAGAGACGCAUGAAUUUGCCCGCCUGACAUUCCAUCGUGGCGCAAAGCGUAAAAAUGGGCGCUAUUUUGGUCCAUUCCCCUCAGCUUAUGCGGUGCGAGACAGUCUCAAUAUUUUGCAGAAACUGUUUCAGUUACGUCAUUGCGAUGACGCCUAUUUCAAGAAUCGCUCGCGCCCUUGUCUGCAACAUCAGAUCAAGCGCUGCAGCGCGCCUUGUGUCGGCUUGAUCUCAAAACAGGAUUAUCAGGAAGAUGUAGAGUUGGCUGUGCUGUUUUUAACCGGCAAAAGUCAGGAUGUGCUGGCGCAGUUCAAACAGAAAAUGGAGCAGGCGGCGGCUGACCUGAAUUAUGAGCGCGCGGCGCGCCUGCGUGACCAGAUUACACACCUGCGAAAGGUUCAGGAGUCUCAAUACGUUCACGGUGAUGCUGGCGAUGUGGAUGUGUUUGCUCUGGCUCAAGCUGCCGGCACUUAUUGUGUGCAGGUCGUGUUUAUCCGCAACGGACGGAUGUUGGGUCAGCGCGCCUACUACCCGAAAAAUGAGUUGCUGCUUGAUGAUGGUGACUUCCUCGAAGCUUUCCUCUCACAGUACUAUCUGGCUUCGCAGAAUCGAGACGUACCAAAGCUGAUUGUGACCUCUCAUCGUGGUGCAGACCGUGCGCUGUUGAGCGAGGCACUGACUGAGCAAUCCAACCGCAAAGUCGAACUUAUCCAGGCGCCACGCGGCCAGCGUGCACGUUGGUUGCAGCUGGCGUUGGAGAAUGCUCAGUUGAGUGUGCAAAGCUAUCUCGCCGAUCGUCGCAAUAUGUUUGCCCGCUUUGUAGAUCUGCAGGAACACCUGCAACUGGACGCCAUGCCGGAACGGCUCGAAUGUUUCGAUAUCAGUCAUACCAUGGGAGAGGCGACCGUAGCCUCCUGUGUUGUUUUUGACACCAAUGGUCCCCUCAAGUCUGAUUACCGGCGAUUUAACAUUGAAGGCAUCACACCGGGUGAUGACUACGCAGCGAUGGAGCAGGCAUUGCAGCGGCGCUAUACGCGCCUGCAGAAGGGCGAAGGUAAGUUACCGGACAUUCUGGUCAUUGAUGGCGGUCCCGGGCAGGUUGGCAAAGCGGUUGCUGUGUUGGAGAAUCUGCAGAUAUCCAAUGUGCAGAUUCUGGGUAUUGCCAAAGGCCCGGAUCGUAAAUCAGGGUUGGAGCGUUAUUUCCUGGAUGGAGAAGAGGUGGGGAUCAAUGGCGCCUCUCCAGGAGCUCAUUUGUUACAGCAUAUCCGUGACGAAGCGCAUCGCUUUGCGAUUACCGGCCAUCGGCAGAGGCGACAGAAAAAUCGCAACCAAUCAGAGUUGGACGGCAUUGAGGGCGUCGGUGCCAGUAUGGAAGAAAUUGCAAAAUGGACCUACAUCAUUACCGCGGUAUUUUUCGGUUUGGCAGCAUUUACCGAUUGGCUGGAUGGCUAUCUGGCACGCCGGCUGAAUCAAACCACGCCUUUUGGCGCUUUUCUCGAUCCUGUUGCAGAUAAACUGAUUGUAGUCAGCGCCCUGGUGCUCUUGAUUGCUAACCACAGUAACGUCUGGCUGACGCUGCCGGCGCUGAUUAUUGUUGGUCGUGAAAUUGUCAUCAGUGCUCUGCGUGAAUGGAUGGCAGAAAUGAACAGUUCAGGAGAGGUCGCGGUAAAUAUUCUGGGUAAGGUCAAAACCACCAUCCAGAUGAUUGCCAUCUUCAUGUUGCUUGCUUACCCACCGGUGCUUGAUGCACUGUGGGUGAUAGGCGCCUACAUCUUGCUGUAUGUGGCCGCGUUCAUGACGCUUUGGUCUAUGACGUUAUACCUGUCCGUUGCCUGGCCAACCCUGAAAAGAGGGUUGCAGAGUGGCGGGCACAAGCAUUGA